CGGCGUCUUCCGAGCAGAUUCGAAAUUCCAAGCCCUUGGAGCAUGCUCCACCACCGCUACGCCGAGAGCCACAGCCUUGUGUACGCCUUUGACCCGACGCUCGCGGGCGGCGUCGCUGGCCACGUCGCCGUGCACUACCACGGCUACGGCGCGACGAUCACGGCCAACCUCGACGUCUCAAGCGCCAACUGGACAGCCUUGAGCGCCGCCGAUGCCAACUGCAACGGCCCAAUCGAGUCGUUUACGUGGCAUGUCCACACCAAGUGGUCCAACAAGGCGUCGUCGGCGUUCACGAGCGGCUGCAGCUUGGCCAUCGCUGGCAACCACUACGACCCGACGCUCGCCUGCGGCCCCAACUCGGAGCACAUUGAUGACAAGUGCAAGGCGACGGUCGCCCAAGCUGGCUUUGCGUACAACUGCACGCCCGCCUCGUACGCCGAGUGCGAAGCCAAGUGCGAAGCCGGCGACCUCUCCGGCAAGGUCGGCAAGAUGACGGCCAAAGCUGGCAAGAUCCGCGAGACGUGGUUUGACCCGCACUACCCUGCCUUUGACGACGCCACGGCGCAGUGGAACAUGAUGCUUCACGCCGUGUGUGGCAAGGCCGCGCCGCGCUUUGUGUGCGCGAUCGCGACAACCGCCAACGACCUCCCGUCGACGAUUCCGUCGGCGUAUGCGCCCUGAGCGUCGCUUGCAUGUAGCGUAAUGAACCUCUGCGCGUCGUAGCGUCGACUGCCUAUGCAUUUCUAAUGCACGGGCGUUUUGAUUUUGGGCUCGU